GCUGCAUGCUCAGCUUGUGCUUUGAUCUUCUGCUGGUCUUCCUGUCAGGGUUGGACAGAGAAGAAUAUAUAGUGCAAACUUUGUGCGUGUGCUUGCGUGUGUGAGUCUCUCACUCUGUGUUUCUGUAUCUCACUCUGUCUCUCUCUAGCUCACUUUGUACUUUGUCUCCCUCAAACUUGCUGCUUUCUGACACAUGCCUCUCUCUCUCUCUCUCUCUCUCUCUCUCUCUCUCUCUAUCUCUCGCUCUCUCUACUCCCCCCCCAUUGCUCUCCCAUUUUCCCGCUCGCUUCCUCUCUCUCUCAGUGCAGUGCACGCGCCUGUGUCUGUGAAGCUGUUUAUAUUAUGUGAGCUACACGAGACAGAGAAGAAGAAGAAGAAGAGGAGGAGGAAAAAGAGACCAUAGAGCAGCAGCUGAAUCCUGAUGGGGGGACAAUAAGGGUAAGGACGAGAGAGAGAGACGCUUUGAAAGAAGACAGGAUAACGUAACACGGGCAAGGAGGACUGACAGGACGCGAGGAGAUGGCUGAGGCACCAAAACAACAACAGCAGGAGCAGCAAGAAGAAGAAGAAGAGCAGCCGAGUGAGGAGCAGCUGAGCUCUUGUGGGUCCAUGGAUGCCGAUGAAGAGGUCGAAGACCUGAAAGAGGACGUCCGGACGCCUCCGACCCGACCGCUACUGUCCAUGAGGUCCUUGAGCAUCGUGGACUCCGACGACGACUCUCCCAACAUGAUCGUCUACCGAAAAAUUGAAGACAUUGUGACUCUCCUCCAGGAUGAGGCGCAGGGUGUUCCCAUCAGGACGGUGAAAAGCUUCAUGACCAAAAUCCCCAGCGUUGUCACAGGUACAGACAUUGUUCAGUGGAUGAUGAAGAACCUGGCUAUUGAAGAUCCAGCCGAGGCCAUGCACAUCGGAAGCCUGAUUGCCGCACAGGGCUACUUCUUCCCCAUCUCCGACCACGUCCUCUCCCUCAAGGACGAUGGCGCCUUCUAUCGUUUUCAGGCACCAUAUUUCUGGCCGUCUAAUUGUUGGGAGCCUGAGAACACAGACUAUGCCAUCUAUCUGUGCAAGCGGACCAUGCAGAAUAAGACCAGGCUGGAGCUGGCGGAUUACGAGGCGGAAAACCUCGCUAGGCUCCAGAGAGCCUUUGCCAGGAAGUGGGAGUUCAUCUACAUGCAGGCUGAGGCCCAGGUCAAGAUUGACAGGAAAAAAGAUAAAACCGAGAGGAAGAUCCUCGACAGCCAGGAGAGAGCCUUCUGGGAUGUCCACCGGCCCGUGCCUGGAUGUGUGAACACCACAGAGAUGGACAUCAGGAAGUGCAGACGCAUGAAGAAUCCUCAUAGAGUUAAGAAGUCAGUGUACGGUUUGGCAGAGGAGGGCACGCAGUCGCGAAGUCCAAUCCAUACUCCCUCACACCGCUCCAGGAAGGGAACCAAGGAGGACGUGGAGAAAGAGAUCUUGUUCCUAAAUGCCCAGCUAGAUCGACACUGUAUGAAAAUGUCCAAAGUCGCUGAAAGUCUGAUAAGCUACACUGAGCAGUACUUGGAGUACGACCCUUUGGUGAUGCCGCAGGAGCCGUCAAACCCCUGGACCAGUGAUGACCAGUCCUACUGGGACCUGGAGGCCAGCAAGGAGCCUGGUCACCAGAGGGUAAAGAAGUGGGGUUUCUCCCUGGAGGAGGCGCUGAAGGACCCAGCGGGACGCGACCUCUUCCUCAAGUUCCUGGAGUCCGAGUUUAGUUCCGAAAACCUGCGGUUCUGGUUGGCCGUACAGGACCUGAAGAGAAUCCCGCAGCAGGAAGUAGCGCAGAGAGCGCAGGAGAUCUGGGCCGAGUUCCUGGCCGAAGGGGCGCCCAGUUCCAUCAAUCUGGACUCGCACAGCUAUGAGCGCACGAGCCACAACCUCAAAGAUCCGGGACACUACAGCUAUGAGGACGCACAGGAUCACAUCUACAAGCUGAUGAAGAGUGACAGCUACACUCGUUUCCUGCGCUCCAACGUCUAUCAGGACCUGCUGAACUCAAGAAAGAAGCUGGAAACGGAGCAGGGCCGACGGACCUCGCUGGAGAAGUUCACCCGCAGUGUGGGCAAGUCACUGACUGGCAAGCGCCUGACGGGCCUCAUGCAGUCGUCCUGACGAGGUCUGGACUCGGGCACCCACAGGAGCUGCGGAGAUACCGUGGCGUGAGCGUGUGCGUGUGCGUGCGGGAGGCCAUGAGGGCGCCCGAGUUUUGGACCUGGACCGCCAUCGUGCUUCGUAACUCUCUAAAGCUGUGUUAAAGAAGGCCGGCAGCAUGCAAUAAAUCAUCUGAGCUGACUUCGGGACAGCAACGUGACAGUGCAGAGGACAAAAAAUAAAUAAAUAAAAUAAAAAUGUACAAAAGAAAGCGGUACUCGUUCAAAGCACAAAGCUGGGCUCUAUCUCCACUCACGUUUAUAUGGUGGCGAGCUGCCAAGGCUAUCCGUUUCCUUGAAUUGAUGUAAAGAAAAUGAACUUUGGGUUGACAACUUAAUGAGAUUAAUGCUGGAGUUACGUCACCCAUCACCAUGGUGACAGAAGAUAUGGCGGCUGUGAUUGACAGGGAAAGUAUUCAUGCCGACUGCCCACUCUGAGUGGAUCUGGUGGAACAUUGCAUAAACAGUGAAAGUAAAGUGGGGAAGAAGACAACUUAAGACAACUCUCUUUACAAAACUGUAAUACUUAAAAUGACACAUGACUUGAUACUUUCCAAUGUAUUGAAAUCUUCCAAACAUUCCACUCCAUGCAGCCACAGCUUCAAAUGUAACUCUCCAACCAUUCUUACGUAAAGAAGAGUAUGAUAAUAAAAGAGGAAUGCGCAAGACAAUGAUUUGAUCUAUUAUUAUGGAUGAUAUCAAAAAGCGGGUGAUUUUUAACUGGGACUGGAUGUAUUAAAUACUGUACUGUAGUGUUUAUGGAGGUAAGACUAUCACCUUGAGUAAAAACAGACUAAAAUUCCUCUUUUUAGUCUCACGUGAUAAAAAUGCAUUAGUAUUAAUAAUGUAAAGAAAAUUCUACUCUUUGUUAUUUUUCUUUUUCUUUUUUAUGAACCAAAGUUUUAACAAGUUCUAAGAAGCAAUAGCGUGCCAGAAACUCAUUGCUGUUGCAGCAGCGCCACCUGCUGGUAAUUAACUGAGAUAAAAAAAUUGUUAUUACAGUAGCCAGAAGAUGAUUAAGCCCUUUUCUUUUGUUACUAAAAUUUAAUGAUUAUCACAAACUUUUUAAAGGACAAAACAAUAUGUAUUUAAGUAUAAUUCAUGAUUGCAUUUCUCACACGGUUGUACUACUUUAUAGUGAGGUACAUGGAGUCAAGUACAAUUUAUCAAAUGUGGUUCCUACUUUAUUGGGCUCUCCUGCUCAAAAUUCAGAUGUCCUCACAUUCCUGUGGAUGUCUGUGU